AUGAGCGCCUUUCACUGGAAGUUGUUGAAAGAGAGAGCUUUCCAUCCCACGGAGACUUUGAAAAAGACUGUUUUUACAGUGAUUAUGGUGAAUGAUGUUUAUGAAAUGCUUCCAGAUGACAAUGGAGUUGGUGGAUUGGCCGAAUUGCAAACAAUUAUUGAAACUGAAAAGUACAAGGCUAGAAAUUGUAUUGCUACACUCAAUGGUGAUUUUAUGAGUGCCUCUACAUUGGCAACUCAAUACAAGGGAUAUCACAUGAUUGAUAUUUUGAAUCAUAUUGACAUUGAUUAUGUCACAUUGGGAAAUCACGAAUUUGAUUUUGGUACUCCAAAUGUUCUUCAAAGAAUUAAGGAGAGUAGAUUCAAAUGGGUUUGCUCGAAUGUUGUUCAACCAGAGGACAACACCAAGGUUUUGCCAGACACUGAAGUUUUGUCAAAACCAGGAAAUGAGGCUGUCUUUCUUCCUAGCGUGGUUGUCGCAAAGGAAUUAGUGAAGGAACUUCGUGAACAAGAUGGAUGUGAUGUUAUCAUUGCCAUGACUCACUUGACCAUUGCCGAUGACAGAGAAUUAGCCAGAUGUUGUCCAGGAAUUAAUCUCAUUAUUGGUGGACAUGACCAUUCUGUUCACACUCAAAUGCAAGGCGAUUGUUUCAUUCACAAGGCAGGACACGAUGCACAAUAUGUUUCUAGAUUGGACAUUUCUAUUGAGAAAAAGCAAACCAUUAUUAAUGGAGAAAAAUUCCAACAGGUAAAAGUCUUUCCAAGCUGCAAUAUGAUUGUCAAUCGUGGAUUUAAACCAAAUGCUAAAGUCUCAGAAGUUAUUCAACAUUAUAUGAAGCAACUUCCAGAAGGAAUUACUGAACAAAUUGGUAUUACUACAACAAAAUUGGACUCUUCGACUGAGAGUGUCAGAUCUAAGGAAACAACCUUUGCAAACUUUGUUGCUGACAUUUUUAAAGAUACGUUCAAUGCUGAGCUUGCUAUUAUCAAUGGUGGAGGAAUUAGAGGAGAUCGAAGUGACCUUUUAGAAUUGGUUGAACAGGGAGUUGCUAAAGCAGAGAACUGUAUUGGAGCAUUCCUUCACUUUUCAGCCGGAGUUUCUAUUCAAUUCGACAGCACCAAGCCUCCCAUGAGUCGAGUGGUGAAAAUGACUCUCAAUGGUGACUAUAUUGAUCCCGAUAGAAUGUAUUCGCUUGCCUCUGUAACAUACUUGUUGCAAGGAGGUGAUGGAUUAUCAGCAGCUAAAAAGGCAACCAUUAAGGAACAUCCGAAUAAUAACAAGUCGGUCUAUGACGCUGUGUGUGAAUGGAUUGAAUUAAAUCGAAAAAUUGGAGGUAAAAAGGAAGGAAGAAUUUAUGACGUUUCCAAGAGAAAUGCACCAAUGAGCUUGAAUUUUUAA